AUGGAGGAAGUAUUACGCAAAUAUCCCACCGGUAAUCCUGACAUUGGCAUGCCCAAUGUCUCGGCAUUAACAUUGAAAAAUGUCACCAUCUCACAAGUCUCAGACUCUGCAAUAAAAUUAAAUUUCAAAUUUUUGCAAUUGGUAGUUGAGGGUCUGCAAAAUGGUCAGAUUUUGAAUACUACCGGUUGGACAAAAGAUCCCAAAAUUUUUGAGGCGAUUUUUUUCUUUCCCAAACUGCUGAUAAAUGGAGAUUAUGAAACGGAUGGUCGUAUUUUGGUGCUGGCAAUGAAUGGCAAAGGUAAAGGCUACUUUGAUCUGACCAAUGGUAUUUUCAACGUCAGGGUCAAAGUGGCGUUGGAGAAACGCCACAAUGGUAAAAAUUAUGUGAAAAUAACAAAACUUAAGCUGAACCUUUUACCGGAGAAGUAA